UUGUUGUUGUGCUUGACACACGCAAACACAAACAACAGAGAAGUUGGACUUUGUGUUUUGUUUCUUGAGAGGUAGUCGGUCAGUGACGAAACAUUAAAAUAUUUGCAAAUUUUUAGCUUAACACAACAUCUAUUUAUAAAUAGGUCAAUUAAACGAAAUUAUAAGUGAAAAUGGUGCGCGGUCAAUUGGGUUUUUAUGCUGCUAACCGGCAAUUGUUGUCUCGAUCCUGGGCAAAAUGUCAAUCGAAACCAUUGAUUUUACGUUCUAUGGCAUCAUCAUCGGAUUCGGAUUCCUAUCAAUAUUUGCAGCGUUCCAAAUUGCCCACAAUGUAUUUUCAAAAAUCACUGCCACGUCUUCCCAUCCCAUUGGUGGAGAAAACUUGUGAACGCUUUUUGGCUGCUGUUCAACCCAUAACAACCGGCGAAGAGUUUGCCGAAACGCAACAAGUUGUUGGUGAAUUCAAAUCGAAUGAAGCUGUCGAGUUGAAUGCUAUGUUGAAAAUGAAGGAUGAGGCAAAUAAGCAUACAAGUUAUAUAUCCGAACCAUGGUUUGAUAUGUAUCUAAAGGACCGCGCACCCCUACCACUCAACUACAAUCCUCUGCUGGCGAUGAAAAAUGAUACUCGUCCCGAAUAUCAGCAUCAAUUGGUCAAAGCUGCCAACAUUAUCAUUACAUCCUUGCGUUUUUGGCGUUCGCUGCAGGCGGAACUACUUGAACCCGAAGUAUUUCAUAUGAAUCCCAAGAAAAGUGAUACCGAAAGUUAUCGUCGUUGGAUGCGUUUGACACCAAAAAUAGUUGCUACCUAUGCUUCGUAUGCCUUUAAAGCAUUUCCCUUAGAUAUGGUACAAUAUGAACGUCUCUUUGGUACAUCACGCAUUCCGGGCAUGGAAAAAGAUCAUUUGGUACAAUCACCAAAUUCCAAACACAUAAUGAUUAUGCGUCGUGGUAACAUUUAUGCUGUUGAUGUAUUGAAUGAGAAUGGUUUGAUUGAAAAACCUCAAGAGAUUUUGGCACGCCUAAAUGCAGUGGUAAAUUUGGAUAAUUCUAAGCCGGCGGCUGAAGUUCCCAUUGGUGUUUUGACGGCCAGUCAACGCAACGAAUGGGCUCGUGUGAGGGAGUACAUGACAAAGAGUGCUGUGAACGAUGAACUGUUGUCAGAGCAAAUUGAUAAGGCUCUGUUUUGUAUUUGCUUGGAUACCGAAGAGGAUCCUACUUUCAGCGAGGCAAAUCCAAUACCGGCUUUUAAGAAUAUGUUGGCUGGCAAGGCUACCAAUAGGUGGUUCGACAAAUCCCUUUCAAUGCUCCUAACUGCCGAUGGUACAGCUGCCAUCAAUUUCGAACAUUCAUGGGGUGAUGGUGUGGCUGUUUUACGUUAUUUCAAUGAGGUGUAUAAGGAGACAAUGAAUAAACCUUAUUUAAGUACUGCCGAUCUUAAAUCGGUUUCCCAGAUUUCUGUAGAUAGCUCCAAAGUGCGUUAUCUUAAUUUCGAAAUUGAUGAUAAACUUAAAGAAGAAGUGCGCAAAGCCUAUGAUCAAAAUCAAAAGAAUGUGAAUUCUCUGAACAUGCAAAUGCUAAUCUAUCCCAAACUAAGCAAACAGGCUUGUAAAACCGAUCGUUUGAGUCCUGACUCCAUUAUGCAAUUAUCUUUCCAAUUGGCCUAUAAACAGGCAUUUGGCAAAUAUGUGGGAACCUAUGAAUCUUGUAGUACAGCUGCCUUUAGACAUGGUCGUACUGAGACGAUGAGACCCUGUACCAUGGCCACCAAAGAAUUUUGUGAUAACGUCUUAGCGUCCCAACAGAAUUUCGAUGCUAAAAAGCUAAGAUCCCUAAUUGAUAAAUGUUCCACCUAUCACAGUCAGUUGACCAAAGAUGCUGCCAUGGGCCAAGGGUUUGAUCGGCAUUUGUUUGCCCUAAAGCAUACGGCUGUUAUUAACAAUAAACCCAUACCUAAAUUCUAUGAAUUGGAUGCCUAUAAACGUAUUAAUUACAAUAUUAUAAGUACAUCUACUCUAUCGUCGGAUGGUUUGUUAUCCGGUUCAUUUGGUCCAGUAGUACGUGAUGGUCUGGGAAUAGGCUAUUCCAUACAAAAUGAAAUGUGUGGUGUUGUGGUAACAUCCUAUGAAAACGGUUGCAAUGGCCAAGAGUUUAUAUCGAGUUUGGAACAAUCAUUUAAUACAAUACGCCGUGUUAUUGAUGAAAGCAAAUAAGGAUUUGGUCUGCAAGGGGAGUUUGCCCGCUUUUGCUGUUCUGACUGCCACCUCAUAUCCCGUUCCCUUUUAGUUUGAAGUAUAAAGUUUAUGUAUUUGUGCCUUAGGUCGAAAAAUUAUCGAUACACUACGAGAUUAAUACCAUA